ACCAGUUUUGUCCCUUCAGGGCACACAUCCCGGAGGAGGGUGAAGCAAGUUAAAGCCAUCCUCCGGAGUGCCGCACCGGGCAUGGGCACCUUUUUCCGUACCUGGAGGAGCACGGGCGUUCGUGUCAUCAUCACCCAGUCACGAAACUGCUAAGGCCACCCCAGGGGCGUGGGCGCCAGGAGAGCAGGGCGGCGCCCAAGCGCCACAUAGCCAUGCCUUUCGGCCUGAAGCUCCGCCGGACACGGCGCUACAACGUCCUGAGCAAGAAUUGCUUUGUCACGCGCAUCCGCCUGUUGGACAGCAAUGUUAUCGAGUGUACCCUGUCGGUGGAAAGCACGGGGCAGGAGUGCCUGGAGGCUGUGGCCCAGAGGCUGGAGCUGCGUGAGACGCACUACUUUGGCCUUUGGUUCCUCAGCAAGAGCCAGCAAGCACGAUGGGUGGAGCUGGAGAAACCUCUGAAGAAACAUCUGGACAAAUUCGCUAAUGAGCCUCUCCUUUUCUUUGGGGUCAUGUUCUAUGUGCCAAAUGUGUCAUGGCUUCAGCAAGAGGCCACAAGGUAUCAGUAUUACCUGCAGGUCAAAAAAGAUGUACUUGAAGGGCGCUUGCGGUGUACAUUGGAACAGGUGAUUCGGCUGGCUGGCUUAGCUGUGCAAGCUGAUUUUGGAGACUAUAAUCAGUUUGAUUCUCAAGAUUUCCUCAGAGAAUAUGUGCUUUUUCCUAUGGAUUUGGCCCUGGAAGAGGCUGUUCUGGAGGAGCUGACCCAGAAGGUGGCCCAGGAGCACAAGGCCCACAGUGGAAUCCUGCCAGCGGAAGCUGAGCUUAUGUACAUCAACGAAGUGGAACGUUUGGAUGGAUUUGGACAGGAAAUCUUCCCUGUGAAGGACAAUCAUGGAAACUGUGUGCACCUGGGCAUUUUCUUUAUGGGGAUUUUCGUGAGAAACAGAAUUGGAAGACAAGCAGUCAUUUACAGGUGGAACGAUUUCGGGAAUAUCACUCACAACAAGUCGACUAUUCUAGUGGAGCUCAUCAACAAAGAAGAGACUGCCCUGUUUCACACAGAUGAUAUUGAAAAUGCCAAGUAUAUCUCCCGGUUGAUUGCUGUGCGGCACAAGUUUUACAAACAGAACAAAAUCUGCACUGAACAGUCAAAUUCUCCACCCCCUAUCAGACGCCAGCCCACCUGGAGCCGGUCCUCCCUGCCUCGGCAGCAGCCGUACAUCUUGCCUCCUAUGCACGUCCAGUGUGGUGAACACUACUCGGAAACCCACACUUCGCAAGACAGCAUCUUCCACGGGAAUGAAGAAGCCUUGUACUGCAACUCUCACAACAGCCUGGACUUGAAUUAUUUAAAUGGCACCGUCACCAAUGGCAGUGUGUGCAGCAUGCACAGCAUCAACUCCCUCAGCUGCUCCCAGAGUUUCAUCCAGGCUUCUCCCGUAUCCUCCAACCUCAGCAUCCCCGGGAAUGACAUCAUGCGGGCUGACUACAUCCCGAGCCACCGGCACAGCGCCAUCAUUGUGCCAUCUUACCGGCCGACCCCCGACUAUGAGACCGUCAUGCGGCAGAUGAAGAGGGGAGUCAUGCACAUGGACAGCCAGAGCCAGUCUCUACGAAAUCUCAACAUCAUCAACACCCACGCCUACAACCAGCCCGAGGAUCUGGUAUAUAGCCAGCCCGAGAUGCGGGAGAGGCACCCCUACACUGUCCCCUAUGGGCCACAGGGCGGCUACAGUAACAAGCUGGUCAGUCCAUCUGACCAGGUAAACCCAAAGAAUAACCCCGUGCGGGGCAAGCCGGGGGCGAGUGCCAUCUCCCACACAGUGAGCACCCCAGAGCUGGCCAACAUGCAGCUCCAAGGUACCCAUAACUACCACACGGCCCAUAUGCUCAAAAACUCUCUGUUCAGGCCGCCUCCCCCCUACCCACGGCCCCGCCCAGCCGCCAGCACCCCCGACCUCGCCAGCCACCGCCACAGGCACGUCAGCAGCAGCCCCGACCUGGUGACCCGCAAAGUGCAGCUGUCAGUGAAGACCUUCCAGGAGGACAGCUCCCCGGUGGUGCACCAGUCCCUCCAGGAGGUGAGCGAGCCCCUCACGGCCGCCAAGCGCCACAGCCUGGAGGUGAUGAGCAGCAUGGUGCGCGGAAUGGAGGCCAUGACACUGAAGUCACUCAGCAUCCCCACGGCGCGGCGGAACACGCUCCGGGGGCGGGGCCCCCCCGCCGAGGGGCUGGGCGGCCAUGAGGUCCCCCAGCUCCCCCACUAUCAGCACGAGAAGACUUUCUCUGAUGCCACGAUGCUGAUCCACAGCAGUGAGAGCGAGGAGGAGGAGGAAGAGGAGGCCCCGGAAUCCAUGCCCCAGGUCCCUGUGCGCCGUGAGAAGAUGGGGUACAGCGCCCAGCUGCAAGCGGCCUUAGCCCGGAUCCCAAACAAGCCACCGCCCGAGUACCCCGGGCCCAGGAAAAGUGUCAGCAACGGGGCGCUGAGGCAAGACCAGGUCAGCCUGCCCCCUGCCACGGCCAGGGCCAGGGUCCUGAGGCACGGACCGGCCAAGGCCAUCAGUGCCUCCCGAGCGGACCAGCCGGCGCCCAACGGGCCCUCUCUCGGUCCCUCCAUCUCAGAGCCCGACCUGACAAGUGUGAAGGAGAGGGUCAAAAAGGAGCCUGUGAAGGAGAGACCUGUGUCUGAAAUGUUUUCCCUGGAGGACAGCAUUAUAGAGAGGGAGAUGAUGAUCAGGAAUCUAGAGAAGCAGAAGAUGGCAGGCCUGGAGGCGCAGAAGAGGCCGCUGAUGUUGGCAGCGUUGAAUGGACUCUCCGUCGCUCGGGUCUCCGGGCGGGAAGAGAGUCGAGCUGAUGCCGCCCGAAUUCCCAUGGACGAGAGGUUCAGAACCCUGAAGAAGAAGCUGGAAGAGGGAAUGGUGUUCACAGAGUAUGAGCAAAUUCCAAAGAAAAAAGCGAAUGGUGUUUUUAGCACAGCUGCUCUGCCAGAAAAUGCUGAGCGCAGCCGCGUCCGCGAAGUUGUCCCUUAUGAGGAGAACCGGGUAGAACUGAUACCGACCAAAGAGAAUAACACAGGUUACAUUAAUGCCUCCCACAUCAAGGUGGUGGUCGGAGGGGCAGAAUGGCACUACAUAGCCACUCAGGGGCCCCUGCCACACACGUGCCAUGACUUCUGGCAGAUGGUGUGGGAGCAGGGAGUGAACGUGAUCGCCAUGGUCACUGCUGAAGAGGAAGGCGGACGCACCAAGAGCCAUCGCUACUGGCCCAAACUGGGUUCCAAGCACAGCUCAACCACGUAUGGCAAGUUCAAGGUCACCACAAAGUUCCGAACAGAUUCUGGUUGUUAUGCAACCACAGGCUUAAAGGUCAAGCACCUUUUGUCUGGGCAGGAAAGGACGGUGUGGCAUUUGCAAUACACUGACUGGCCAGAUCAUGGCUGCCCAGAGGAUGUCCAAGGAUUCUUGUCCUACUUGGAGGAGAUACAGUCGGUGCGUCGCCAUACCAACAGCAUGCUGGAAGCCACGGAGAACCGGCACCCACCCAUCGUCGUCCACUGCAGUGCUGGGGUGGGAAGGACCGGUGUGGUCAUUCUUUCUGAGCUGAUGAUCUACUGCCUGGAGCAUAAUGAAAUACCCAGACAAUCCAGAAGAAGGGAUGAAUACGUGAGAUAGACACAGAAAAUCUGCUCUGAGUCACCAUCUACUUCCUGAAGUCUGCAGACUUUUGUAGGCCGCCUGGUUUUAUUGUGGGUAAUUUUCCAUGGUGGGUUAUUUGGUUGCAUGUCAUUUAGAUGCGUCUUGCAUUUCUGGGAUGUUUUGGCCAAAAUCCUAUGUGAAAACGUGUAUACUUUAAAAAUGUUUUUCAUUCUUCAGAGAGAGGUUUUAUUUAAAAGAGGUGGUUUUGCUCCAUUCUAGAGUGACAGUGGUGAGAUACAGCAGCGCCGGGUAGAUAAUCUGAGUGCGUGGACGUGGCCUGCCUUGACCAAGGCUGGAUGCCCAGCUCUUCUCCCCGGACAAGUGGCCUGCGGCCAAGGUUGUGCCAGCACCACGUGCGGCAUUCCCUGCCCCUUACUGUGGCCGCAGGUCAGGGGGUUACACUGAGGGGCUUUUGGUUUGAUGGAGAUAAGACAGAGCAAUCAAAGGCUAAAGAACAACUCUUCUGCCUUCUGCUCACAUGGGGCUUUAGGAGUGACUUUCACUUCUCUUUCUUUAGUUGGGGUCCUCACAGCUGGGCUUAUGCCAGGCCUCCUGUUUUACAGAGGAGGGAACUGAGACCAAAAACAAUUUAGUGGCUUGUCCAGGGCUAUGUGGCUCUUAAGCAGUGGUGCUAAAGUGAGGUCUUCUACCUCCUGACCCCAAGUGAUGUCCUGUCUUCACUCUGCCUCCCAUUGUCACGUGUCAUUUGGUUCUUGUUCCAUUUCCAUAUUAUACAAUGUGGGGAAUCAAAGGAAACUGUUGACAUGGUUUGGUAGUUUUUAAAUUAUGGAAUGUUACCCUGCACAUUCUGUGAAAGAUUUUAUGUAAUAGUAGACAUUUUUACUCAGUGGCAUCAGUGGUUUGAAAAUCAGAUGAAAUAUUGCCCCAUGAAACUUGUGAUAUUGAAGCUUCUAGGAAGAUAAUAGGUGCUAUGUUUCAGCCUGUUCAAAGGAUUUUUAAAAUCCCUGCCUAUGAAAAGUUCGUUUCAAUCUGUACCUAUGAAUAUUUGUGCUGCUAAAAAGUAAAAAAGGGGUUAUACCAAACAUGGUCUGUUCUUAAAAACAGACACCCUAUCAUGGAAUCAGUUGAGACUUCAAAACAGAAAUUGCAUCAUCUUCAUCUUUAUCCUUUUGUCUCACAGGAGAUUUCUUGAUUGCUUGCUUCCCCAUCACUAUCUGAAGUCUCUAGAAGUCUCUAGAAGUCUCUAGUAGUAUGAAAGUCUGUCGCUAAGUCCAAAAUCCACUCAGGGCUGGGAAGAUGAAACAGGAUGUAGUGGCAUCAAGGUCUAUAUGGCCUGAGCAUGUCCGAGCUCCAGUGGGUUCUGGGGGGCAAGAAGGACGUCCUCAUGCCCUCCCCACCUAGGUCUGUCUGUCCUCCCUCCUUGUACCAGUAUCGUUGCCAGAUUCCCCCUCUCUGCUCCAUUCCCUGUGCGUUAGUCCUUUGCCCCACCUUCCUCCUCUUCAACUCAAGAAGCUAUUCUGUCCAUCUUGCCUGACAGGAAGGAUUGUUCUGUUCUGAGCCCUUUAGAGACCCGUCAAAAGCCUUGGAAAUGUGAUGACGUGAAGGCUCAUUGAUCACCAGAUGUUACUGGCCCAAUAGAACAUAAACAACACAUGUCAGAGCAGCAUGGUGCAGUGAGGGGUUCGGCCGCAGGCGCCUCUUGUGGACUUGGUGAGGGCUCGGGGCCAUUAGAUUCUCUACGGUGUGGCCAAACAGAGCACAUUUCCUCAGUGCCCAGUUCCAUGCCAGAACAUUCUUUGCUGGAAUGUGGUCAGUACAAAAAGGACUUCUGUUCCCAUUGAUAUUCAAAGAUAGCAAGAUGACUCAUAUUUUUCACUUCCCUUCCCCUAGCACAAAUAUAGCCGCCUUAUCUGUCCCAUUUCCCAUAACUGCUAUUGGUAGAUGGUCAAGGAGGAGAAAAUUCUCUGCUUUGUUCUGCUUCAAGCCUGGCUAGUAAGAUUCAAACCCCUGUUUUGGGAGAAGAGUGGAACAUGUUUAGGUAGUUUGUUUUUGAAACAACGAUUUUGACAAAUAAAUAUGAAAUUGUGUAUCCUAUUUUUUUCCCCAGUCUAAACUUUCCUGCUUUCUUUCAAAUGAUUUCUAGAUUGAACAUAUUUUAUGUUUUACUCUAUAAUCUGUAUGUACAGCUUUACUUUUGUCAGUGAAAUGCCUUUUCUCUUUCUUUCAACAAAGAUGCUUACAAAGGGGGCCAGGUAGCUGUGAGGUGUGAGGAUGGGAAGGGAUUCUCCCAGGCUGCUCUAAGAAGCCUCUUUGUGGCCCGUUGCUCUUGGUCACUGAACGUUAGCUGUAACAUUUUGAUACCCUUGCUUUUUUUUUGGAAAGCACUAGUUUGUAAAGCGCUAGUUUAAAGCGAUGGCUAAUUACAAAGGGUUAGGUUCCCACUAGCCAAAUAACAAGAUGUCAUGAUCUUGCUACUUUUCUAAGUAAGUUAGCCCCCUUCAUAGAGGAGAGAGGGGGAAAUGCAUUCUAAGCAAGACUGGGCAGACAUCAACAGCCUCGUGGGUCUUUGACUUUGGGUCUUUGUCCAUUGAAAAACAGACAGCAGAGCCUGUGAGAGUGAAUCUUCCAAUGAGCUGGGACCGUUUCAUUGAGAAUCAGGGGAAAAUCUUCUUUGUCUUGUGUUCACACAGCCCCAUAUCACAUAAUAUACCGUCCUUGGGGCUGAGUCUUACAGCGUGUUGAGAUGGUAAUGAUUGUGAUGGUGGCAGAGAUUGAAGUGAAAGUGGAGGAAAUGGUGGCGGAAGUGGUGUUAGUGGAGGAGGGGGUGACGACAGUGAACACAAUAAAAAUAUUAUAAAAGCAGCUAACCUGUAUAUAGUGUUUAUCAAAUGUGCCAGCACACUUCUAAGAGCCUUACACCUCAAGGAGCCUUCGCAAUAACCCUGUAAGAGAGGCCCUGUUAGUAGCCUUGUACAGCAAAGACAAAGUGCGGCACGAGUAGAUGAAGGGAUGUGUCCACAUCCCUCACCCAGGCAGUGGGCGCGCUGGGGCUCGGCCGCUGAAGCCUGACCCAGCGCCUGUGCUCCUGACCUGUGUGACCCUGACUCUCUGUCAAAGCCUCUGAUGGGCCUGGGGGAAGAGCAGCCUUACUCCGUCCUUGUCUUUGGUGCCCAACAGAGUAAUGCUCAUCAAACAUUAUGUUAAUUAAGUUCAUUAUUAGGUGGCUCUAGGCCCUAGAUCAUGGUAUCGGUCUCUCUGGAAUAUAGUUUAGGCAGGGACCCACUAGGUACCAUCAGAAGCCUACAGUCUGGGUUUCUGACUAAUAGUGUGAGGAUUCACGUGCCUUUUUUAUUACUAGGGACUUAACUUUGUCCCUUCUAACUGGUUUGGGAGAAGGGCGAGUAAUAUGGAUGGGAUGUAUUGUAUCAUAGCUACACAAAGUUUGGAAAUAGCUGGAAUGACUCUUGAAAGUAAAGUAAGAAAAGGCGUACAGCUAAACUGUAUUGCUUUGCUUUCAGUGCUUGCUCAGCCCUUCGUAGCUUCGUGGGUGUGGCGGCUUGUGGGUUCCAGGCUCCCGGAGCAGAGGGCCUGUGCCACAGCCACGAGGGCGGCCUCGUGGACCCCGUGGUGCUCCUGCCCUGGCUGGCCCAGGGCUGAAAUGACAUGGGGUUGGGGUACCGGGGCAGCUCUGCUCUCCCCAGAUGCCGGUGAACCAGCAUAGUAAUUCCCUUCCGUUGAAGAUACCGGUAUUGUCAAAGAAUUAACACAUAGGCAAUCUCAUCUAAUACUCAAGCUAUUUGAAAGUCUCACUCCAAACAUGCUGGUGUUCAGAGAUUGUGCUUCAUGGUAGCAGGAUGGGCCUGGUGGUUCUCAUCUCAUUAAUAUUAAUAAAGUAAUAAUGAGUCGUCUUUGUUAAGAACUCUGUGUACCAGACACUGUCUACCUGCUUUCCAUGCAUUUCAUCCUGUGAUCCUAGGCAGUGGUACUAUUUAUCUCCCCUUGCUGUUGCUGAGGAUGUGUUACAAGCUUGGGCAAGGUCACACUGCCCUCUGAAGAGAGCAUCCUUGUCCUUAUUUUACAGAUGAAGAAACUAAGACCAGAGAGGCCUUGAAUCCCACCCCUGGGUCAUCAUGAUACAGGUGGAAGUCGCAGGCAGGUUCAAGUCCAGCCUCUGUGUUUUCUCUAAUAGACUGCUCCGUGUUUACAGUGCCACCCAGGAGCACAUGGUGACCAGCUUCUCCAGCGGCUGGUAUCAAGCGCUUGGUCGGCGAAGCCUGGAGGGGCCGAGUCCUGUGCUUCUCCUCGUACCCGCACACAGGCAGGGAGUGGACGCCUCCUGGAAGAGCGCAUGAGCAAUGAUCCGGGGGGGAGGCUUCCUGUCUCAGCAUCUUCU